AUGAACCUCAGUCCGAGCAAACGGCGCAAGCACAAGGACAUCGCCGGCGCCAUGUUCACUGGCCGCGGCGUUGCGCCUCUGUCCUCCGCUGCGCCCUCAUCAUCGCCGGCCUUUGGAACACCAGUGCACCCCGUCAGACCCUUCAGCAUCUCCACAAGCAAGCAAGCUCCCAUACUGCCGAUUCUGCUCCCAGCUGCGACUCUACGGCCUCUCGCCUUCCGAACCUUCACCAAGAAACACUCGCUCACCCUAACGUCUUCUGCACUACAGGAGCUGGCAAGCUUCAUUGGCCGGCACUGCGGUUCAGGAUGGCGGGAAGAAGGUCUGGCUGAGAAAGUGCUGGAGGAGGCCGCGCGAUCAUGGAAGAACAGGAACGGAGGAGUCAUCGUUGACGCAGCAAAUCCCGAAUUGAAAGAGAUCCUAAAGGCAUUGGAGGGCAACAUGAGUGGUGGAAGGGUCGUCACUGGUGCUAGGGGCCUCAGUCGACAAAACAGUCUGCUCCUGGAUGCGCAACAGGAGGACGGCGAUGUGUCCAACGCGAGAUUGGGUCUGAGACCAAUGGCUGCGCUGACGCGUGAGGAGAGCCAGACAAGUUUCGGAAUGUCAUCGUUGGAGGUCGACCAGGAUCAGGAGGAUGAUAUUAAGGACCCGAGGCAGUGGCUGAAAGUCAUCAAUGCGCUGGAGCAGCCAAGAUAUAUAUACAACGUGGAGAAGAAGCACUUCGAGAGGGAAACCAAAAAGCCGUCAUUGAUGCCACCAGCUUCUCACAAGACAAUAGUAUUCCGCAACCGCUUCAAUGUCAUCCACCAACGUCUUCUCCGCAACGAGUCCUUCCAAACAUCCGCUGUUUCCGCGGCCCGCGCAACUUCUGCCAAAAAGUCUGACCCAGGUGCAUCAGCAUUCCACAAAAUCACCCCGAUAGCAAAUCUGCUUGGCCGUCACGGCAGCCAACACAUGCUUCUAGGCAUGCUGACCGUCCUACCAACCGGGAAUCUGGCUGUCAGUGACCUCACCGGCUCGAUCAAGCUUGAUCUCAGACAAGCAGUCGCCAUCCCGGAGGACUCGUCGUGGUUUACACCCGGUAUGAUCGUCCUUAUCGACGGUGUCUACGAGGAAGAUGAGGAUGCUUCGGUUGGCAGCAAAGUCGGCCUGAGUGGAAGUUCCGGCGUUGGAGGUGUCCUAGGUGGACGAUUCCAGGGCUUCUUAAUAGGCCAGCCGCCCUGCGAGAAGCGACGCGUGACCCUGGGCGUCAGUGGUCCUGAUAGCGACACCAUUGGCGGGGGCUUCGGGUGGAUCGACUUCUUGGGUGUGGGCAGUGAGCGGGCCACGGGCUCUCGUAUGAGGAGAGUACAGCAGAGGCUACUCCGGAGGCCCCUGUCUGAGGAUGAUCCAGACAAGGGCAGGGGAAGGAUGGUGGUCCUGGGAGAGAUGAAUCUCGACCAGCCACGAACGCUGCAAGCUGUGAAGAAGGUCCUAUCAGGCUAUGCGAAUGAGCCCGAGGGGGAAACACCGUUGUGCUUCGUGUUUACAGGGAAUUUCACACAGCAUGCGGUCAUGGCUAGAGGUGGGAGUGGAGGCAGCGUGGAGUACAAAGAGUAUUUCGACUCUUUGGCAGCGGUUCUGGCAGAGUUCCCCAUGCUCCUCACUUCCGCUACAUUUGUGUUUGUGCCAGGAGACAACGACGGCUGGGCUUCGGCAUUCUCUGCGGGUGCGGCUACGCCCCUUCCCAGGAAAUCGGUACCAGAUUUGUUUACGAGCAGGAUAAGGAGAACGUUUGCGAGUGCCAACAGUGAGGCCACAAAGGGAGGACAGGAGAGCAGUGGCGAGGCUAUUUUCACAUCAAACCCGAGCCGGCUGAGUUUAUUUGGGCCAUGCCACGAAGUUGUCCUGUUCCGAGACGACAUCUCGGCCAGGUUGAGGAGGUCAGCCGUCCGUCUGAAGCGGCCCCGGGACGCAGAGAACGGCGACGAGCCACCGGACGGCGAGGAUAUGGACAUGUCAGGCGCCAACGAUGCGCUGGAAAAUGGCGAGGGCGAACCGCUUCCUGACGAGAUGGACGUGGACCCCUCUACGCCGCGGAAGAAAACGAAGCACUCGGAGCCUGAGGUCCCCUAUGACAUCCUUGCCGCCCGAAAACUGGUCAAGACGGUCCUGGACCAAGGCUACCUCGCCCCGUUCCGCCAGUCGGUCCGCCCUGUGCACUGGGACUACGCGGGCUCGAUGCAUCUGUACCCUCUCCCCACGGCCAUGAUCCUCGUGGACGCUACGGCGCCGUCCUUCUGUGUCACGUAUGAAGGGUGUCAUGUUAUGAACCCCGGGUCGCUGCUUGUCACAGGGAGGAGAGGCAUGGCGAGAUGGGUUGAGUACGAGAUUGGCAAGACGGGAACGGUCAGAGAGGUCUUGUUUUAG